AUGGAAGAGAUAAUAAACCAGAAGGUAGAUGGGAAUAUGUUUAACAAUACGACACUUAUUGCUGACAAUACAGCCGAGAUGAUUUUCGACGAGCAUUGGAAUAAUCUGAAUGAUACAAUGACUGAUGUAUUACAUGAUAAUGAUAGUUAUUACUUUGACGAACCCAACAAUCACGGACCAUGCGAAACGUACGACUACUUGUAUGAUGACUAUUACCUGGACACAUUCGAGGAAAAAAUUAUCACAAUAUCUGAGUAUAUACGAUUAACUAUUUGGAUAGGGUCCCUGUCUAAUAUUCUUAUCAUUUUCAUUUUGAUGAAACAAAGGAAUCGUAAAUUUUCGACAGCGGUUUUCCUGAUAGCACUUGCUGUCGCGGAUUUAGCAAGUGGUUUUUACACCUUAGUGCAAUGGCUACAAGGACAUCGCAUUAUUGCUGAAGCCUACUCAGAAUUUGACUGUUUCCUGCGAAAGUAUAUAGGGAUAGUUUUUAUAAGUAUAUCAAAUUGGUUACUGGCUGUUAUCUCAAUUGAAAGAUGUUUAUGUGUUGUAUUUCCAUUUGAUGUGAAGAAAAUAUGUACAGUCACAGUAUCCAAAAUUACAGUCGUAAUGGUAUGGGCUGCAGUCGCAAUAGUGGAGGCUAUUUUGUUUACAUCAGCAUUGCAAAGCAAAUACGGUACUGACUUAGAAAUCGAUGACAAAAACUGUUUUGAUGAGGAUUAUGCCUAUAUGACUGACACA